AUGUUCACAUAUCAAGAGCAAGAAAUUGGCAACUCCUACGAGCAAUUUUCAAAGAUGCUGUCGUCACAAGUUGCCAGCAAGGAGGAUAUGGACAAGGCCAACAUGAGUGUUGCUCGCAUUGAGAACUGCAUUAAAACUGUCACUGAUAGGCUGAGAAGUAUGAUAGGAAAGCUAGAGCAAAACGAAGAGGCCAAAACCAAACGAACUGAGCAAAUGCAAAACUUGCUAUCAAAUCUCGUCAGCGCCGUUAAUGCACCGGCACAGAUGCCUCUACCACAGCCUUUUCAAUCAACGUCGAGCAUCAAUAAGCAAAUGAGCAUUGACAACGCCGACAGUGCAUCAACGGCUCCCGACUCGGAGGAUGGUGUAAGAAAACGAACAGAUCGCAAAUUUUCCAUCAAAAGUCUAACUAAAUUCGGAAAGAAAAGUCUGGAUUAA